AUGAUGGCGGAAUCGCUUUUAGAUACGGUAAGUUCGACAAUUUUUGUAGAAAAUUACAUUUUUGAAAAAUUGAAAAAAAUUAAAAUUUCAAAAUUUUCUACAAAAAAAAUUUUUUUAUAGUACCGUACUAUAGCCUACUACCCUACUCUACCCUUAGUUACCCUGCCGUAUCCGUAACCUACCCUACCCUGCCCUACCCUACCCUACCCUACCCUACCCUACCCUACCCUACCCUACCCUACCCUACCCUACCCUACCCUACCCUACCCUACCCUACCCUGCCCUACCCUACCCAACCCCUACCUUAUACUGCUCCACUUUAUCCUACCUUACUCUUAGUUUCCUUAUUUUACCCUAGCUUACCCUACUUUACCCUACUGUGCUCUAAGUUGCUCUACUCUGACAUACCUUACUUCCCCUUACCUAACCAUAAGGAACGGGCCGGCCAGACCGGCCUCGACCAAACUUUAGAUCGGACCGGGUCAGAAAAGUGGGCUUGACUCGGCUUGUUCCCUAUGUCUAACCUUACCUUAUUGUUCCUUACCGUAAUUAUAUCUUAUCUCUGAGUAACCCGCUUUAUUUUCAAAUGCGCUGUAAGUCAGCUUUUCUUUAAAAAAAACAGAAAGUUUUAAUUUUAUAAAACUGUCAUAAUUCACAAGUUUUAAACGUCUCAUUACCUAAAUCAACCAAAAAACCCAAAAAACUAGCCCAGCGAUUGUUUUGUCAUUAAUUUCGCAGCCCCUAAUUUCGGUGGUUUUUUGGGGAAUUUACAACGAACAUUUAUUUCUCUUUUUGCCUGUUUGUUUCUGAAGAAAAAAUAUUUUAAAACAAGCUCGACUCUCGAUUGUUACCUUUUCCUAUUCAAUGAGCCAUGUUUUUCGAGUUAAUUCAGGUAAUUGUUACUAAUUUAUUGAUUUUAGACGAUUUUUUUGACGUUUGUGUCUUUUGUAAAUUUUUAAUAGUUAGAGUAAUAUGGUAGAUUUACAUUGUGACGUAUUUUACACUUUGUUAGUGAUAAUAUUAGCUUGUUGAUUUCAAAAAAGGUCAUGACUAACGAAAUGAUUUUCUAAAAAAUAGCGUUAAAGUAGGAUCUAGUCCGUGGCUUAGCUUUAGUUUUUGCCCUAGUCUUUGUCCUAGCUUAUGCGCUAAUCUCAGUCUUGUCUCUAGCACAGAUUAAGAUCUAGCUUGUAGGUCUAGGCUUUUCCCUAGCUUUAGGUCUAAACUUAGCUCUAGACCAGGAUGGAGGAGAAAAGGAGGGGGGGGGGAGGUCUUAGGUCUAGCCUUAGCUUUCGCCCUAGCUUUAGUCUGGGGUCUAACCUUAGUCUUAGACUUAAGUUUAGCCUAAUUCCUAUCUCUAGUCUUAGCCUCAUCCUUAGCUCUAGCCCUGGCUGUAACCCUAGCCCCAUUCCUAGCUUGGGGUUUAGCCUUAGCUCAAGGUCUAGCCUUAGGUUAAGGCCUUGUCUUAGCUCAAGAUCUAGCCUUAGGUCAAGGCCAUGUCUUGGCUGAAGGUCUUGUUUUAAUUCAAGGUCUAGCCUUAGCUCUAGGUUUUGCCUUAGCUUUAGUUCUAAUCUACUAAAAAUACAGUUUUUCAAGAAUAAUUUAAAAGCUUUUUUCCUGCAAAAACCAAAAAAAAAACCGUCCAACGCCAACUGAUUAAAACAAGAGCGGCUCUUGUGUUGUGAACAUUAGCAAACGUUUAUAAGCCGAUGAAGGGGCCAGAUUCGUUGUGGGAUAAAGGCGAUAAAACGGCUCGUAAAGGCAGUUCGGGGUCACAAAAGCGUCUUAUCCCACUGCAUUCUGAGUCGGAAGUAUUCUGAAGGUGAAGAUUGAGCGCUAAAUUUACAUUCCCAGCUAUUUCGGAUAUUAAAAUUUGUGCUUUUUCUAUUUUUAUAAUAAAAUUGUCAAUUUUUAACAAGUUUUGCUGCUAAAUUUUAGUUUUUGUUGAAGACUAACUUUUUGGGUUUUUUGACAAAAUUUUUUAAAAUCUUGUUGUUUUAUGUAAAUUAAAGCUACAAAUUACUUCGUUUUGUACGUUUUGAAAAGCUACAAGUCUUGGCUACAAUACUAUUACAAAAUUGGCUAUCAUUUAUUACUGAUUUUGUUAAAAAAUUAAAAUAUUACACUAGACACAGCUAUACCUUGGAAAUUUUUUUGCUCGCUAGCCAAAAACUAAUGAUUACAAUUCUUUUAAAUUUCAAACAUGGGGAUAUUUGAAGACAUUUUACUUGACAAAGACUUCCAACUUCAAUUAUUUAGUCAAAGUUUUUCUCAGGUAAAGAUCUACUACAAUAUUUAUACCUACUACAAUAUCCAACAAAAACUUGUAAAAAUAAAAUUUUUUAAUUAAAAAAAACUUUUUUUUAAUCUUUCAAGAUAACAUAUUAUAACCAUUAAAACAUUUACUAAUCAAACCCAUCUUUCAGCACCAGCUAGCAGCACUAAAUGCACCAUCCAGCACGUCGCCCACUUUCGGCAAUGACUUAUUGAACGGGUCCGGCUCCUCCUCAUCUUCAGUCCACACAAAUGGCUCGGUUAAUGGGUUAAUGACGGCGAUUAACAAGCCCACGCCCGACGUUGAUUAUCUGACACAGUUGCUCAAGGACAAGAAACAGCUAGCCGCCUUCCCGAACGUCUUUCAACACAUGGAACGACUGCUUGAUGAUGGUAGGUGGGACGGGUUUUUACGGUUUAUAUGUAUACUUUUGGUUCAGCCUAAGAGUUUACUAGCAAGGAAAUGACCCAAGGGUUGAGAAUAGUAAAAACCGACUGGUCGAUAAUGGAAAUAAUAAAAAAAUUACUUUUUAAAAAUCUUUAUAAAUAUCGUAUUUUAGAGAUCAAUCGAGUCCGAGUAUCUCUAUUCCAAUGCGGUUUCACCCGCGAACCCCUGACUCUUCCCGAGCCGGAGGGCGAAGUAACGAUGAAACAGGAAAAAGUGUUUGUACCGGUCAGUAAAUACCCAGAAUAUAACUUCGUCGGCCGAAUCUUGGGUCCGCGUGGAAUGACGGCGAAGCAAUUGGAGACUGAAACUGGUUGCAAGAUCAUGGUCAGAGGAAAAGGAUCUUCUAGGGACAAGAAGAAGGAGGAUCAGAACAAAGGUAAAUUUGGUUUUAUUUUUUAUAAAAGAAUGGCACAAAAAUUUUUUAAAAAUUUUUUGAAUUUUUUUUAAAUUUUCUAACCGCUAAACCUACAGGCAAGCCAAACUGGGAGCAUUUGAACGAAGAACUGCAUGUUUUGAUCCAAUGUGAAGACACUCCAAACCGAAUCGUUGCCAAAAUGGCAAGAGCUCGAGAAGAAGUCAACAAGUUGUUAGUGCCAUCGCCCGAAGGUGAGGAUGAAUUAAAGAAGAAACAACUUAUGGAAUUGGCCAUUUUGAAUGGAACUUACAGAAAUGGAGCCCAAAACAAUUUACAGUUGGCUGCGUUGGCUGCUGCUGCUAAUUGUAAGUUUUGUUGGUUUGGUAGGGCUAGAGCUAGAACUAGAGCUAGAGCUAGAGCUAGGGCUAGGGCUAGAGCUAGAGCUAGAGCUAGAGCUAGAGCUAGAGCUAGGGCUAGGGCUAGAGCUAGAGCUAGAGCUAGAGCUAGAGCUAGAGCUAGAGCUAGAGCUAGAGCUAGUGCUAGGGCUAGAGCUAGAGCUACAGCUACAGCUAGGGCUAGAGUUAGAACUAAAACUAGAGCUAGGCGCUAGGGCUAGAGUUAAAGCUAGAGCUAGGUCUACGGCCUCUUUUCUUGACUUUCAAGUUAUAUUGAACAAUUUCAAUUCAACGUAUUUUACAAUAUAAUCUAAAAUUUUCAGCCUCUUCCGCCGCCAGUGUCCUACGCGGCUCCCCCGCCCUAGCCGGCGCCCCUCUCAUCAUGCAACAAGCUACCCAACAACGCAAUGGCCUAGCCUCGAACAACAACAUACUAGCUUUACAAAUGCAAGCUCUAGGUGGUCAAGCUGCACUACUUCAACAACCAACGGCUACAGCUGCGCCUGAUUAUCAGCAGUUGUUGAUGGGUGGAUACGAUCAGUUGGCUCUGCUACAACAACAGCAACAACUGGCUGCCAUGUUGAAUCCUGCGGCUGCUGUCGCUGGCCUAGGGGAGUACAAGUACGACGUUAGCCAACACGGUCAGUUAUUUUUGGGUGUUUGAGUCUUUAUAAGUCUUAAUUAAGGGUUUGGACGAAAUGUCAAUAUUGAUUUACGCUUUUUGUAUAUAUUGGUUAGGAUGGUUAGUUGUUAUAGCUAUUAAAAAAUUUAAAACAGAUUUUUGAAGUAAAAAGAUGAAGUUCAAAGUUUUUUGCAUAAAAUUAAACAGUGAUAACAACUAAACAUCGAUUACUUUUUCUUAUAUUGUGAUAAGUCUGAUCUCGGGUAAGGAACUUUUACAACUGUGAUACAAAAAAACAUGAAUACUGGGUGAUAGAUGUAUGAUAUAGUUUUAUAUAAGUUUAAAUUUGGUUGGUUUUACAUUAUUUGACUAUUCUAAAGUUUUUGGGCGAAAUUUAAAAAACCGAUAAUUUUGUUGCAUUUCGUCAAAAAAAACUACUUAUUUUUUUUGAAAUUUUGCUUAAAACAAAAAAUUGUUUAAUAUGUAUUUUACAAUACGUUUUUAAGUUAAAACUAGAAUUUGGAGAUUUUAAAAAAUUUCAUACUUUUUGUGACAUAAAAUCAAUUUUCAAUUUAAAAAAUUCAAUAGUUUCUUUGACAUUUCGUCGAAAAAACCAAUACUUUUUGUGACAUAUCGUUACAUAGUUUAAUAAUGUAAAGAUCAGCCAAACUUGUCUACAUAUCGAUGCCAUGACAUUAAAUUAUUCGAAAUUUUAAUUAUUUUGAAAAUAAAUUCGAUUUCAAAAGUUCUCGUAAUUUUGUGGAAAAAUCGUUCUAACACAGUUGUUUUACGUAACCAAAGCUUCCUAAUAAUCGAUAUUCGUAUAACUGUUGGUGAAGAUUUUUUUCCCUAAAUUACAAUUCUUAAUCUUUAACAAUUUUCUGUGGUAACGCAAGGCUUUCUUACUGUAAUAUUUUUUUAGCUAGAGGAUGCUGUAUUUUUGAUAAGUUAGUUUAAUUCGGCCUAAAUUAUUAAUUUACAGUAGGUUUCUUUAUCAUAAACUGAUUUUUGGUUUAGAAAUACUAUUUCUUGUAUAAAAGGAUCAUUUAUGGUCUAAAAGUUACAGUAUGUAAAGCCUUGUGUUAUUGUAGUAUUAACUGUGCUUAUAUUAAUGUCACUAUGCCUGUCUCUUAAUAGUUUUACAUGGUUAUGGUGCAAUAACUUUGAGAAAUGACGUUGCAGUACUACCUAAGAGGCAAAGCAAAGCUACAGUACUACUUGAAGCCUUAAAAAAGUUACAGUACUAAUUUGAAUCAAAACCCCUCCUUUCUGUUUAAUAUGGAGUUUUCUAAAGCUUUAAAUGGUUACUGUAAGUAAUAACACUUACUGUAAAGCCUUUAAGUUGUUAUUGUAAGAUCAGCUAUGUACAGGGCUAUGGGUAUACUGUAACUUCUCAAAGUUGUUGUAACGCUUAAUGUCUGCACUAUGAUAAUGUAGAUGUAUAAUAGCUACUAACUGGAUUUUUUUAAACUUAUUUUUUUAAAAUCAUUUUUCAAUAGUUUAAAAUUUUACUUGGUGGUACAGUUUUACAGUAGCUUUUACAUUUUCAAUCAUUGUUACAGUAUACUUUAUAACUUUAUAUUAACUACUAGGUUGUCCAAAUAAUUCUGUGCUCCCUAACCUCGAAAAUUUUCUUUGAGAAGGGGUGCAGAAUUAUUUGAACAACCGAAUAGAAUACAAGCUUUUUUAUAUUAAUAGUACUACUAGCACCAUGCUGAUCGUUUUAACCGUAUUAACCCACGUAACCGGCUGAUUUCAGGUGCUAUAUUGAACACGGGCGCCCAACAACGCCGGUUUCUAGGCCAGGCCCGCGCCGACCCCUACGAUACCACGCCCAAAUAG